AUGGAUGCGAACACAAUCCAGGAGCUGAAUGAGGUCCGCAAGACUAUGGGCCUCAAGCCCUUGCCCGUGCCGAAUGCGGCCCCGGCUCAGCCCAAACAGUCGUCCACGGACGACACAGAGGAGGUUGCCAGCACCAUCGAGACCCGCGAGGCGGCUGCGGGUGACAACUACAGAAAGGUUCUCGAAGCCGAGAAGGCCAAGCGGGACCGCGAGGCAAAGAUCGCAGCCAUCAAGAAGGAGCGCGACAGAGCCCAACGACUGGCCACCCUGAAGGGCAAAGGCCUAGGCGACCUCGACGACGAGGAUGAUGGAGACGCAAAGUCAUGGCUCAAAGGCAUGAAGAAGAAGCAGAAGAAGAUUUCCGAGUCUAGAAAGCGGCAAGAGGAGGCAGACGCUGCGGCCGAAGCUGCGAGGAAGGCUGCCGACUACUCUUCCAAAGAUCUUGCCGGUGUCAAGGUCGGGCAUGAUAUGUCGACCCUCCUCGAUGGCGAUGACCAGAUCCUUACGCUCAAGGACAGCGCCGUGCUGGGCGAGGACGGCGAGGGCGAUGAGCUAGAGAAUCUGAGCCUGCGUGAGCAGGAGAAGCUCAACGAAAGGUUAAACCUGAAGAAGAAGCGACCAGUGUACGACCCCAACGAUAUCGACGACACGGGCGACCAUAGCAUUCUUGCUCAAUACGACGAAGAAAUCAAUGGUAAAAAGAAAAAGACUUUUAAUCUGGAUGGGAAGGGAACGAUCUCAGACCUCGCCGGCAUACUGGAAGCCCCAGCACAGCGGAAGAGGAUGCUGCAAAAUCUUGACGUCGACAUUAUGCAAGAUGCCCCAGUUUCCGACUAUCUCGACCCCUCAGAAAUCAAGGUCAAGAAGCCUAAAAAGAAGAAGAAGGCGAAGUCGACACGGCAACGGGACGAUGAAGAUGCGCUGUUUCCUGGGGAUCAGGCGCCGGCAGCUGAGGAGGCCAUGGACAUCGAUUCUGCGCCGAUCACCAAGAAGCGAAAGAUCAUUGACGACACGUUCGUGGACGAUGAAGAUCUACAGGCGUCUCUGUCGAUCCAGCGCAGGCAGGCUUUAAAAAAGCAAAAGCGGGUUCGGCCAGAGGAUCUAGCCAAACAGCUAAGAGCAGAGGCGGCGCAGGAUGAUCAGAAUGAUGAUCAAGGAGCGGAGAAUGGAGGGCUUGUCCUUGACGAGACGUCCGAAUUCUUGAGCGCUAUCAACAAGCCUGAAGCUGAUGAGGAUGCGCGGCCGAGGAAGAAGUCCAAAUCUAGAGAACCUGUCACUGCAAUGGAUGAUGAGGCUUCAGAUGAGGAGAUGGAGAAUGCGCCGCAGAUCAAGGAUGAGUCCGUCGAAAGAGAUGUGUCAGCAGCACCGGAAGAACUCGCAACGACUGGUGUUGAUGAAGAAAAGUAUGUCGCACAAGGUUUGGGUGCAACAUUAUCGCUCCUCAAAGAGCGCAAGAUCAUCGAUGAAGACAACACCGGCGCUGAGAAGAACGAGCACUUCCGUCGGAGAGAGCUAUUCCUUGCGGAACAGGCACGACUGGUUGCGCAAAUCGACGAGGAUGCCAAGCGACAGCGCGAGCGGGACCGAGCGAGCGGUCACCUGGACCGCAUGAAUGCCCGCGACCGAGAAGAGUACGCCCGCAGGCAGAAUGCAGAGCGCGAGUUCAAGUUGUCCAACAUCAGGGCGAACCUGCUCAAGAAGCACAAAUUCAAUGUCGAGCUCAAGUACGUGGAUGAGCAGGGCCGUCACCUCAACCAGAAGGAGGCAUUCAAGGAGCUGUCGCAUCAGUUCCACGGCAAGACCAGCGGCAAGGGGAAGACAGACAAGAAGCUGUCCAAGAUCGAGCAGGAGAAGGGUCGCAUUGCCAAGAGCAUUUUCGAUGCCAGCGGGGAGGCAGGUAUAUCGUCCGCUACCGCACAACAGACUAAGAAGCGGAAGGAGGCUGGUGUACGCCUGGCUUAA